UUACGUCAGGGCGUCAGGACUCCAUUAGAGCUGCAGCUGUUUAGAGAGAAACAACAACAAAACGGGCUAACUGACAGUACGCUCCGAGCCCCACAACGAGGCCUCCAGUCUGGACAUUUAACCUUCAUUUCCCACCCGGAGCUCCGCCGGCUUCUAACCACGGCCGCUCUCGGUGAGGAAACUCUGGCCUCCGCUUCCUCCUCCUCCGACUCGGACACCGGCGGAGCCUCGCCGCCCCCGCGGAAGAAGCACCGAGCCUCGGCGGCGGAGGGAGCAGGAGAGCCCGGGGCUUCAGCACUUGUAACAGGCCUCACCGGAGUUGUCCUGGGACUCGCUACACACGCACAAGCCACUUCUGCCAUCCACUUUAACCGAAGUGUUGUCAACAACCUCAGCAGCAGCAUGCAGGCAAACGGAGCAGGACAGGGACAGGAAUCUUCGGAGCUCUCUUGCCUAAACAGCGCACAAAACGGGGAGUCGUCCUCGGCCGGCGGAUCCCACUCCAAUGGUCUCCUCUCCAGCACAGACAACGGUAACAGUGUCGGUACCAGUAACGGCUCUUCGGUCGGGCCCUGUUCGGGGACUUCGUCCGCCUCCACGGCCUCCGGGUCGGAGGUGGGCUCGCUGAAGAAGAAGAAACGGCUAUCGCAGGCGGAGGAAGAUGUCAUACGAUUAAUAGGGCAACAUCUCCACGGACUGGGGCUCAACCAGACAGUGGACCUGCUGAUGCAGGAAUCGGGCUGCAGACUGGAACACCCCUCAGCCACCAAGUUUCGCAACCAUGUCAUGGAGGGAGAGUGGGACAAGGCUGAGAAUGAUCUCAAUGAGCUGAGAGCACUGAUGCAUUCUCCCAAUGCUAUUGUGCGUAUGAAGUUCCUGCUGCUGCAGCAGAAGUAUCUGGAGUAUUUGGAGGACGGCAAAGUCCUGGAGGCUUUGCAGGUGCUCCGCGGGGAGCUGACGCCACUUAAGUACAACACAGAUCGCAUCCACGUACUUAGCGGGUACCUAAUGUGCAGCCAUGCCGAGGAUCUCCGGGCCAAGGCAGAGUGGGAGGGGAAAGGCACGGCCUCGCGCUGCCGGCUCCUGGAUAAAUUACAGACGUACCUGCCGCCCUCUGUCAUGCUGCCCCCUCGACGACUGCACACGCUGCUGCGGCAAGCGGUGGAGCUGCAGAGGGACCGCUGCCUUUAUCAUAACACCAAGCUGGACAAUAACCUUGACUCAGUCUCUCUUCUGCUCGAUCACGUCUGCAGCAGGAAACAGUUCCCCUGUUACACCCAGCAGAUUCUGACAGAGCAUUGUAAUGAGGUGUGGUUCUGCAAAUUCUCAAAUGAUGGCACCAAACUGGCGACCGGCUCCAAAGACACUACUGUCAUUAUUUGGCAAGUGGACCCGGAGAGCCACCAGCUGAAGCUGCUGCGGACCCUGGAGGGCCACGCGUACGGAGUUUCCUACUUAGCCUGGAGUCCCGAUGACACCUACCUGAUCGCCUGUGGACCUGACGACUGCUCUGAGCUGUGGCUCUGGAAUGUUCAGACGGGGGAGCUGCGGACCAAAAUGUCCCAGUCCCAUGAAGACAGUCUGACCAGUGUGGCCUGGAACCCCGACGGCAAACGCUUCGUCACUGGCGGACAAAGGGGACAAUUUUAUCAGUGUGACCUGGACGGUAACUUGUUAGACUCCUGGGAGGGCGUGAGAGUGCAGUGCCUGUGGUGCUUGAGCGAUGGCAGGACGGUGCUGGCCUCAGACACACACCAGCGUAUCCGGGGUUACAAUUUCGAGGAUCUUACAGACAGAAACAUAGUUCAGGAGGACCACCCAAUCAUGUCUUUUACUGUUUCAAAGAAUGGAAGAUUAGCUUUGUUAAAUGUAGCAACUCAGGGAGUGCACCUGUGGGACCUUCAGGACCGGGUGCUGGUGAGGAAGUACCAGGGUGUGACCCAGGGCUUCUACACCAUCCACUCCUGCUUCGGAGGACACAAUGAAGACUUCAUUGCCAGUGGCAGCGAAGAUCACAAAGUGUACAUCUGGCAUCGGCGCGGGGAGCUUCCCAUCGCGGAGCUCACGGGCCACGCGCGUACCGUUAACUGUGUGAGCUGGAACCCGGCGAUCCCAGGCCUCAUGGCCUCCGCCUCGGACGACGGCACAGUGCGUGUCUGGGGUCCGGCACCUUUCCUCGACACACAAGAGACAGAUGGACUCAACGAAAACUGCAGUAACAUGGACAGUUGAUGGUCACUCAUUGAGCAGAUGACAUCUCUCUUAAACAUCAAUUCACGAAUCCCACAACAAGACGAAAUUAAAGCGGGCAAAUAAAAUCUAACAUCCACCUAAAGCAAGUGAAGAAAAAAGCUAACUCAAGCCACCGAUGCAAAAGAGAAAAACAUCCUCCUGACUGGCCCAGACAAAAAAAAAAAGGUGGAGAUGGUGAUGGACAGGUUGAAGUCCUCAUUGAAAGCCCGACCCCCACCCGAGGCCUGGACGACCAGCCAGUGGCCGGUGGGGAAACUCCCCAGGUGAGCUGGAGUGGCUCUUAUCCUCUUCCAACUCGCCCUCCUUCCUCCAUUUUGCUGCGUGACAUCCAGCCAUGCCAGGUUUUGGCAGAAGUCCCAGGAAGUCCACCUCCCACCUUGACCUUGGAGUACACAGAGUCCGCAUGAGGCCUCUGGAUGGACACGGCAGACCCCCAUCUCCUCAUUGGACUACACCCGUCUGCCUGUGUGUCACCUUACCUGUAUAAUGUCUCCAUACAUAUGGGUGGGAUGUUGGGAGAGGAUUGUGCAUAGGGGGGAUAUAGCAACUCUUCAGUAUGUAUAUUUUCCUUUCCCCCUUUUUCUUGCUUCAUUAUUCGCAUUUGACCUUUUUGGAAAAUGGCUAAGUGUCUGCCAUCAAAACACUGACCGACCAACCGACAACGAACACACGAGAAAAGGCUAUGCUACAUGUUGGAUUUUGUUAUGGUAGACAUCGCGUUUAUUCUCAAUUAAAAGUUAAAUCUUAGCUUGAGUAGUUCCCGUGGAAAGCUUUAGUGUGAGGAUUCCGCUUUCUGUUUUUCAGCAUAAGAAAGAAACGAGACCUUUUUAUUCCUUAAUUUAACUUCUAACAAAGGACAGUCACUGUUAUGUUUCCAGCUGACAGGCCCCCCGCCGUCCACUGUUGAGCUCGGACCGCACAACUCCCAUCACAUCUGCCUGAGAGGAGGACAGGGGGGGAUUCACAGUUCACAUAUCAGCUGCGAGGUGGGGCCUCCACUGUUCAGACAUAUAUACACUGACCUUUCUAAAAAAGACAUGCUUUCACACGUGAAAGAGUUCAAGUGCAACUUAAAAGUGCACACUGGUGACUGCUGUCCCUACUGUGUGUGUGUGUGUGUGUGUGUGUGUAUUUGUUAGUGAGAGUGUUUGUGUGUGUGUGUGUGUGUGUGUGUGUGGGUGAGAGAGAGAUUGAGUGGUUGUGCAUGCACACAUUAGUGUGAGAGUUGACAUUACUGGGUGCAGAUUUAAUUGGCACGUGUUUUUUGUAUCCGUUUUCAAUUCGCACCAGCAGAAAGUUCUCACCCCUCCGCCUCCUCCCCUUUAUGCUCCUAAUCCCAUAGUAAAAUUGUAAAAGAGGAUUUUAAACCAAUUCUGAGUUAUCCAAAGCCCCAAAGGGACCUCUAUCUGUGGAACAAAGAAUACUUGAGAGCCAUUUUGUAAAAGAUGUUUUUUUUUUUUUUUUUUUUUUUUUUUUUUUUAAAUCUGGGGCUUUAAUUUUUACAUUAGGUUUUCUUUCUCCUUACCGCGUGGCAUUCGAACGGCACUGAGUUACUGGCAGGUCUGUGAGGAAAAGGAAAGGAAAACCAGAACGAGCGAUUUCAUUGAGGCACGUUUAAAUAAAAGAAAAGCUGUAAAGACUUGUGUUACUAGCAAAGGGUCAUUUCAUAUGAGAGUUUGAUGAUUGUAACCGUUGGAUGAGUAGUCAGAGUGGCUCUGGAGGGAAGAGGCACCAGAACCACACGAUGGGGAGUGUUGUUGCAAUCACACACAAACUGCCUUCCUGUUCAUACAAGUUGCACACAGACCUUCACUAUGUAUGGCACCCUCACUGCACUUUGAGUGGUCUUUCUGCUCUCUUGCACAUAAUAGCAAUGGGCAUCUCCAUGAAUUCCGUGACCUUACGGUUGCAAUGCUCAUGGCUGGGAAAAAAAAAAAAAAGGUUGCAUUGGCAAAGACUUUAAAAAUGUAUUUAAAUGAGAAAAAAAAAGAAUCAGGAGAUUGCUGAAGGAAUUGAGCCCGUACUAUGCCUCUAUGCACCCAAAAACCAGUGACUGAUCUCCACAGGAUAAAACUCGGCCUUUCACCUAAAAGGCGCAGCAGCUUCUCCUUGAGGCUUCCUGGAGCUGGGAGAGAAAUCAGCAUUAGCACCCCCUACUGCUCUCCAGCCAAGUUAUUCAGUGGUCAGUGCACCAUUCAAAGCUUUCUUCCUCCCUUUUUCAGGGUAUGUAAUGACUAUUUGCUACAGACUGAUAUACAGUAAAAUGUUUAAAAACAGUGCUUUUCUGUCUGUUUUUAUUGAACUUUUUGUUACUUAAAUUUUUUUUUUUUUUUGUUCACAUUAUAUCAUUUUUUGGUUGAUCUCUAUCCCUGUAUGAUCAUAUUAAAAUAUAACCAGACAUUUGGGAGUCCUCUUUUUUUUUUUUCUAAUCCUUAUAACCCUUCUUUAUCAUUCUUUUUACAUAUAACUUUUGUUUUGUUUGUUUGUAUUCAGUUGCAUUUUAUCUGCUACUAUCACAAACAAAUAUGCACAGUAACACCCAUGCCAAUAGGAGUGGGAGGAUCUAAGGAAGUGUGUUACCUACAAUCAAAUCAGGUUUGAACUAUCCACCCCUCGCCUUUAAAGAGUUUCCUUCACGUGAAAAUCUGCUCUACCACAUGUCUGUGUUAACCGACCGCUAUCUCUCAGUGUGCCAUUGGCCGUCGCUACUCCGCUGACCCGUGUGAAGCCGUGUGAGGCACACUGGUGUUUUCUGCAAGAUUACGUAUGUCAUAGGCUGAUCUUCACAGUAGGGGAAACCUUUUUUUUUCUUUCUUUCUUUUUCUUUUCUCAACUCCCGGACCGUAGAAUGGACUCCUCUUCCUCACCACACAUCAUUUCAGAAGACUUGAGACACGCCGUACGCGAUAAUAACCCAAAACGGGAGUUUCAGUAAAGCGCCGUUCACCUGCUGGUGGUAAAUGCUGUGUCUGUAUGCAAGCUGGUGUCGACUCUGUUCCUUUGUUCAAGUUUUCCAAGGGAGUUGUUUCUGAUUUAACUAUGUCUUAAUUCUCAGAGGUGAUGUGGUGGUGGGUAGGGAUUCGGGUGGGUAAACUAAGGGCUUACUGUAGCAUCUCUAAGUUCCUUGGGCAAAGGGUGGGAAGGGGAGAUGUGUGGGUUUGCGUUCAAUGUGUUAUUUACGAAAGUGAUUGUACUGUUUUGUAUCGUUGUGUAGGAAAAGUGUAAUGUAUGCAUAUUUUCAAUAAAGCAUUCAGGGUUUUGAAAAAAAAAAAAACAAAAUGCCCAAGGGAGUUUGAUGGGGGCAGGAAACUGCAGGCCCGACUUGUAGACACUCAUCAGGUACCCAGAAAACCCAUCUCUCCCACCCGCAGUCUGUUGUGCAGAUCCAGGUAAACUCUGAAUCACGUGAGACGACAAAGCAUGUGUCAAGGCCUCUGGUGGAAAA